AUGUAUAAAAUAAUAUUAAUUUUCGCGUUCGUCGUGUGUUUUAAAAGUAAAGAUGUAGUCACGUUGCGACUUCCGGGACCUCAAGUUUACGUGGUGACGCCCUCAUCCCGACCCUUGCAAAUCGACGAGGGCAAAUCGGCGCCCUUCUACUAUCAGAACUGGAUGAGAAGAAUGGAUACCGCGUCCGAAUCCACCAGUACCACCACUACAGCUGCUCCGAUAAAAACGCCGGAUCUUAUCUUUGCGGAGUUCGAAUCUGACGGGAAGCUGCAAAAAUCGAUAAGAAAUCUACUAGAAAAGGAGAAGAUUCAUCAGAAGACCACGACGCCGCGACCGAUAUAUGUGCCAGAUGAUGAAACGACCAAAGUGACUCGGAUUGUUAACUAUGGUUUGCCAGUUAAGACUGAUGGUGAUAAUAGUCAAAAAUUUAAUGUUCCGGAAAUGAAUUCAGCUGUCAAAAGUCAAGUUCCAGUUUACCAGCCUUCUACAACUACCACUACAACUACAACUUCUCCAAUAAACAUUGAAAACAUUUGGCACAUUAUUGAUAACGAGAAAUUUAACCAACAGCCGGGAGACUGGGAUGAAGUACCUAUAAAUAGUAACGAUGAAGAACAAACUGAAGACAAACAAACAGAACAAUCCAGCGAGAAUUAUUCUGGAGCAGACAACAAUGAAGAUGAUGAUGUUAAAAUAGAUGAAAACUUCGCUUUACCUGGGUUUGGCACAAACCCAGGAAGUGCAGCAGAAAAUGAAUCUAGAGCCAUCCAUACGGGAUCCAACAUACGGUUUCCUUAUGUUAAUUUAAAACCAUUCCAAAUGAAAAAUUCGAAGAAACCUCUGCUGAAUAGUAAAAAAACAAAUAUGUUCAGUUUAGACAACUUCUACGAAUUGAAAGAACCGGUUCGUGGCGAAGCUCAAGACAUUUCCGUAAGUCAGCAAAUAGACAGAUACAAUCCAGCUCAGCCAUAUUUGCCCAAACAAGAAUAUGGCAGCAGCUUCUCCAAGCAAAGUAGCCCAGUCAGUCCACCCGUCCGAGCUACGGCUAAUUUAGUGCCCCCACCUCCGCCACCUCCGAAGAUAACAGGAAACGACUUUCCUUCGCCUGCGACUUACGAAUCUUUUCCUCCGUACCCACCUUCUCUCAACUUCCCUUCAGCUCCUGCCCCAGCACCGAAAGCAAAGCCUCCGUCAAUGAAUCCACUAAUUGCUCCCUCCAUGGAAAUUCCUGUGGACGCCGGACCCGACGACUCGGACGACGAUAGCGGAAACGAUGAUGCCGUUAUGGAUCUCGGGUACAGGUAUAAACCACCUUCAGCACCAGCUCCACAAUUUCUCCCUACCGCUCCACCCCCAGUAAAAUACGAUGGAUACUCCUAUAACAAGCCGAGCAUGACAGAUCUGGCUCCACCCGUGGCUGAUAAGCCAGAUUUUGGAGGAUACCACUACAAGAAACCGGAAGCAUCUCCACCGAGCGACGAUAAGCCAGACGAUUUCCCCGGUUACAGCUAUAGCAAACCGGAUGUACCGCAGUUCUUCGAUCACAAACCAAGUUACGGCCAUGAUGCCCCAAGUCACGAUUCAGAUUAUCCCGAGUUGAUCUUCAAUAAGCCACACGGAGAUGUCAAGGGCGGUGAUGACAUGAAAGCGAACGACAUGGGGAUGAUGCCGCCGCCGGCGCCAUCCGAAAUGAAACCUGACAUGUAUGGUCCACCGAUGGAUGACCACGGCUUUCCGAGCGAUUUCCCAGGAGACUUCAAGUUCCAUCACGACUUCGACGACCACGAUCACGACCACCAUUAUCACCACACGACCACUACGACCACGGAGAUGCCUCGUGUCAACAGGUACAGCUACUACUAUUUGGGAAAGAAACUCUACUACCUGCCUCUGUACUUCAGCGUCUACUUUAUUGUCUACGUCGGAGCUCUGAUCAUUAAAGCCGUAUUACGUCACAAGAUCGUUUACCCCAACAGCUGGAGACCAAACGACCAAACAGCCUCGUUCUUCUCGAAGAGAUCGGUGGACUAUUUAUCAGACAAAGACAAUUUACAUGAACUUACAGGGAGAGUUACCCACGCGAUUGCCUCAGCAGCGGAAAAAUAUAUGACAAACACCAGCAAAACGAAAUAA